UCCAGGGACACGACCUGGUACCGCUUUCAAAGUGCCUUAGCCCAACAAUUGGAGUGCCAACCGGCACAUCAGGAUCGAUGCCAGUAACAUCCUGAUUAUGGUAUACUGGUGAAGGCGUAUUACAACGGACAUGUUACGAAUCAUGGAUAGGAUGGCGAUGUUGGGCUGACAGGCGUGUCAUUCUGCUCCCUGAGUAAGGAAGGGUGAUACCGACUUGAAACGGCGAGUGGGCUCAUGGCGCGACUGCCUCCGUCCCGGUAAAACCUUGGCAGGCCUCCGGAUACGUUCGAAAUAUGUCCAUCAAUUCUGAUGGGUACGUAGGUUCGGAUGAAUCAUUCCCGAUCUAUGCUGAUCUGGCACUGAACCCGGCCCCCAUAAGGGUCCGUGUCAACCCUAGCAUGGCCUCACUGCCUGCAGGCAUAGACGCUUGCAGGUAUAGAUAACCAUGGGAUCACGAAGGCGACUACGUACGGCGGAUGGAGAUAGCGGCUCGGAGGGGGGACCUUGAAGAAUGGAAGAAGAUAAAAGUCAAAGCGAAGUAGGAGCGGCAAAUCCGUUUGUCAGAAGGGGUUUAACGCGGACACCACCGCCGCAAACCCAACAGGUGCAAACGCAGCUCGAACAAGAGCAGGAGCAACAGCAGCAGCAGCAGCAACAGCAGCAGCAGCAACAGCAGCAGCAGCAACAGCAGCAGCAGCAACAGCAGCAGCAGCAACAGCAGCAGCAGCAACAACUGCAGUUCAGUGUGUGGACAAAACCACCAAAACAACCGAGGGUGGAGGCAGCCAAAAAGCUAGUGGACGAGCUUCACGAGUAUGUCGACAAGAGAAGCAACGUCCACAAAGACAUCAAGGCGUUGGUGAUCAAGAUCCAAGGCGCUCUUGGAUCGGCUGAAAAGGAGUGGAAACACGUAGUUCAGAGAGCAGAAGCAGCGGAGAAGGAGUUGUCAGUGGCCAAGACUGCCAUUGAAGCAAGUCGCGCGGCGGAAGCGCGAAGGGCAGAAGUCAACACGGUUGCGAAUGAAGUGAACGUAGCGAGAAGUAUUCCCCCAAGGAUGCAGACCACGCCUUACUUCACACCGAAGAGGCAAAGGGCAUCGCCUGGAGAUGCUAGGCCAGGUGGCUCCAAGAAGCACAAGGAAGCUAGUGUCACUGAAGUCCAGCCGACUCUCGAAGCAACUGACGAGGUAAACAGCCAUAGUUCUUGGCAGGUCGUCGGUAGAAAGAAGGGAAAAGCGAAGAAGAAAACCAGACCCGAAAAACCUAAAUUGGUCAGGAGGAAGAAUAAGGGCGAGGCUCUUAUCGUUAAAGCAAGCGGCGACUCGUACGUGGAGGUCUUACGUGCCAUGAGGACGAAUCCGAACCUCAACGAGCUAGGAGCAGACGUGAAGAAGAUCAAGCGUACCCGCAACGGAGAGAUGAUCCUCUUGUUGAAAAAGGAACCAAAAGCUAGCAGCGUUUCGUACAAAGAGCUAACCGAGAAAGCUUUGGGCAACAUGGUGGAAGUGAUAGCCUUGUGUCCAGAGGCGACUAUUACGUGUAAAGACCUGGAUGAGAUCACGUCGGAGGAAGAUAUAAGGCUUGCUUUGAAAGAGCAAUGUGAGCUGGGAGAAGUCCGGAUGUCCAUCCGCAUACGAAAUGGACCUUCCGGUACCAAGGUGGCAGCGAUUAAACUACCGAUUGAUGCUGCCAACAAGGUGCUGAGGAUAGGAAUCGUGAGAGUAGGCUGGUCCGAGUGCCCACUGAGUGUGUCUGAACCUGAAGUGUGCUUCAGGUGUCAAGAGUUCGGGCACAUCGCACGGUACUGUAAAGGGCCGGAUAGAAGUAAUCUAUGCAGAAGGUGUGGAGAAGAAGGCCACAAAGCGCAGGGCUGCAGCAAGCCUCCGAAAUGCCUGAUUUGCGCAAACACGAAGGAUAGCAGCAACCACGCUACAGGAGGCACGAAAUGCGCGGCCUUCAAACGAGCGAGUACAACGAAACCCCAGUGGAGAUAGUACAAGUAAACCUCAACCACUGUGAUACAGCCCAACAGUUGUUGUGGCAAUCAGUUGCGGAACACAAGAGCGAUGUCGCUAUUAUCUCUGAGCCCUACCGU